AUGGCAGACAGAGAUACAGAUGAGUUAAACAUUGAUAAUGUAAUAAAAAAAUUGCUAAAAGUCCGAGGCGAAAAGCCUGGGAUGAAUGUACAGUUAACGGAGGUGGAAAUAAAAGGGCUAUGUUUGAAGUCCCGAGAAAUUUUCCUUUCACAGCCGAUAUUACUUGAAUUGGAGGCUCCUCUUAAGAUAUGCGGUGAUAUACAUGGACAAUACUAUGAUCUCUUAAGAUUAUUUGAAUAUGGAGGAUUUCCUCCUGAAUCAAAUUACCUCUUCCUUGGUGACUAUGUUGACCGUGGAAAGCAGUCUCUUGAGACCAUAUGCCUCCUGCUUGCAUAUAAGAUUAAGUAUCCGGAAAACUUCUUCUUGUUAAGAGGAAAUCAUGAGUGUGCCAGUAUCAAUAGGAUUUAUGGGUUUUACGAUGAAUGCAAACGGAGGUACAACAUUAAGCUAUGGAAGACGUUCACAGACUGCUUCAACUGUUUACCUGUUGCGGCGAUAGUUGACGAGAAAAUCUUCUGUUGCCACGGCGGGCUAUCUCCGGACCUACAAGCGAUGGAGCAGAUCCGCAGAAUCAUGCGUCCAACAGAUGUACCCGACCAGGGAUUGCUCUGCGACCUGCUUUGGUCCGACCCAGACAAGGAUGUCACUGGAUGGGGUGAAAACGACCGUGGUGUCAGCUUUACUUUUGGCACAGAGAUUGUGGGCAAAUUCUUAUCAAAGCACGAGUUCGACCUCAUCUGCCGAGCCCAUCAAGUCGUCGAAGACGGAUACGAGUUCUUCGCGAAACGGCAACUUGUCACUCUCUUCUCAGCUCCAAACUAUUGUGGAGAGUUUGAUAAUGCUGGAGCACUGAUGUCGGUGGACGAGACGUUGAUGUGCUCGUUCCAAAUCCUGAAGCCGGCAGACAAGCGCAAACUCUACUCCGGCCUCAACAUGGGGAGACCCAACACGCCGCCUCGAGCUCAGCCCAAGAACAAGAAGAAGUGA